UUUGCAUUUUGUUUUUCUUUUCCCUGUUCAGAGAAUAAAAAAACAUUUUAAAUGUUAGCAUUUCAUUUGCAUUUUUUCUUUCACUUUCUCCUCUACAGUUUAGCUUUGUUCUCUGUUUGAUAACUCAGGAAAUGAAGAAAAUGGCACUUGGAACUCUUUUCUUUAAAAAUAAGGAAGAGCAAAAUCAGAGAAAAAAACUAUGAAUAAUUCUUGGUUUAACAAAUGCUUCGAUGGGUUUGGGGUCAAUGAUGGUUUAUUUGACGACGUAGUGAAGUAUUUAGAUUUCCCAUUGGAAGAUGUUGAAGGAACGGAUGAUGAUGGUGCUAGUGGUGUAAAAGAUUUUCAUCUGCCUCUCGGUGAUGUUGAAGAUAAAAGUUAUGUUGGUGGCGGCGGUGAUGAUGGUGGUGAAGAUUGGGAUUGUAACUUCCAAAACUUGGAGCCGCCGCCUGCUAAUGUUUUGGCCGGCUUGUCAUCUGGUUUUUGUGGCGAUUUUUUCAGUGAUACUUUGGAGAAUAAGUUUCCAGUUUCUUGUGAUGAGUCUUCAGAGCUAAACCAGUUGUCAGGCAUUACCAAAGCAUCCUCCAGCAGAAGCACUACUACCCUAAACGGAGAAUCUGUGGAUGUCAAAGGUUCAACCUGGUUCCAGACUUCUAGUCCAGUGUCUGUACUUGAAACCAGUAGCGCUUGCUCAUCUGCAAAGCCGGCACCUAUCAACCCUAAGCUAAGUUUCCUGGUGAAACGUGACCGAAGCAAGCGCAGGCGAGCAUCUACCUUUAACCUGCAGUUCACAUUGCCUUCCAUAUCCUCCACAGGAUCUACUUCCUUGGUUGGUUCUGAAUCAGAAUCAGAAAGCCAUUUAACAGAGAAAUCUGCCAAAAAGAGACAGAAGAAAAAGAACCUGACAUGGCUUUCAGGUUCCUGUGAGAUCGACAAAUCCUCCUCCGAAGAGGCUGCUGUUGUUAGGAAAUGUACGCACUGUGAAGUUACAAAAACUCCACAAUGGAGAGAAGGACCCAAGGGUCCAAAGACCCUUUGUAAUGCAUGUGGGGUUCGCUACAGGUCUGGCCGCCUCUUUCCAGAAUACCGUCCUGCUGCAAGUCCUACAUUUGUUCCAUCAUUGCACUCCAACUCUCACAAGAAGGUGAUAGAGAUGAGGAAACAAGCCAAGCUGCCGAAGUCGGUAACACCAUCUACGGUGUUAAUUCCACCAGAAAUAGAAAUGCGAUUUAAAUAGCAACCGCAUUGAUGAUUAUUAGUUUAGCAAGCAUUUAGCAGGGAGCUUCCUUGUUCUGUGUUUUACUAUUACUAUUAUUAUUAUCAUUAUUUUCCUUGUUUGUCAGUGUGUACAUUAGUGGAAUAAGUAGGAUGUUAGAUGAUGACAUGUUUGGUAGGAGUAGGCAGAAAAUAUAAAAUCAGAGGGAAGUGGAGGGUGGAUUUUCAAAUUAGGGUUAGUGAUUGGUAAUGCCAUUUAGAUGUUCUUUUUAACAUGUGUGACAGUAUCAGGUCUCACCCUAUUCAUUUAUUCUUCUUAAAUGCAAUUAAUUUAGUCUCUUUCUUCA